AUGGCCCCCGAUCCGCUUGCCCCAGCUGCUGUGCUGGAAAGCAUGGCGAACGCCUUGCCAACGCAUGAGAAAGACGACACCACAUCAGACUUGAGUAGUUCGCUUGACUGCAUCUCGCUCUUCGUUCACGCCUGCCUGUUCAAUCUGGGCUUUCGCUUGUUGGGCUUUAGCGAAGAUCAGAAGAUCGAAUGUCAACGCCUCGCUCCUCGUCUUCCCGCACAGUGGAACAAGUCCCUGAGCUCACAUAGCUUUGUUUAUGCUCACACGCAAUCCUCAAUGCAGUUUGUCAUCCACAUCGACCGCAUGGGUAGUAAGAUUGACAUCCGCGGCCUGGCCAUCGGCGACGAACGCAUUGCCCAUUUCGACAUUACCGCUCGCGAUUACAUCUCUUCCUCCGCUCUCCCUGUCCGCAUUACCAUGACAUCUGAAGGUACUGAGGACCGGAGCGAUCUUCCUUCCAAACUUAAGAAUGUCUUUAUCUCCGACGAGCGCAUCAAGGACCUCUCAACCCUCCUAAAAGUCUCCCUCAUCCAGCGCCUACUCCCCGGCCUCCACAAAGAAGGCUACACCGAAGAGCCCCUCCCCUCCGGCUCCUCAUCCUCUCGUCCUCCCAUCCAACCGCCCCAACACCCCCGUCCCCAAAUCCCCGCUCACCUCCCCCCACCAGCCGCACCAAACCCUUACCCAGCUCCCGACCCCCUGGCAGCUCCUCCCUCGCGCCCUAUCCCAGCCGCCGACUUUCCCCCUCCGGACUUCGAAGACGAAUACGAAGUCAAUCGCCCUCCUCGAAGCCCCGUCCCGGGUAGUCAACCAGGUUUCGGUCCCGGGUUCGGAAAUCUAGGUCACGAUGAUCUCUACCCCGCAGGCCUUGGACCAAAUGACCCUAUUAGGGGGUCUUUUACGGGAGAAUUUGGUAUCGGACCUGCGGGUUUAGCCCGUCCCGGAGCGGGGACUAGGGGAGGGGGAGGGAUGCACCCCACGUUUGAUGACCCCCUGUUUGGGGGACCCAGGGGGCCUGGGGCGACUGGAGGAGUGGAGGAUCCGUUUGGGGGGCAGGUGCCGCCUGGGGCGAGAUGGGACCCUCUUGGGCCGGGGGGACAGCCGCGGGUUGGAGGGGGGAGACCGGGGGGGAGGGGGGGAGGAGCAUAUGGGGGGAGUGGUUAUGGGUUUGGAGGGUUUGGGGGGGACAUCAUCUGA